UGCCAGCGGCAAAGCCGGCCAUGACCGUCUCCAGUGCAAACCGCGGCUUACUGCCCAUGAUGGAGGCCGUGCCCUCCGUCAAGGUCCAGAUGCCUGUUUGGGCGUAUAUCGUAAAUUGGAUGUUCUUUUCGAAUGUAACCAUCAUCUUCAACAAGUGGCUUCUAGACACUGCUGGAUUUAAAUACCCCAUCUUACUUACAUGUUGGCAUCUCAUCUAUGCCACCAUUGCAACUCAGAUCCUCGCUCGCACAACCACGCUCCUCGAUUCUCGCCGCAACAUUCCCGUCACUGGCCGGCUCUACCUCCGCACCAUCCUCCCCAUCGGCCUGCUCUACUCCGGCUCUCUCAUCUGCUCCAAUGUGGUCUACCUCUACCUCUCCGUCUCGUUCAUUCAGAUGCUCAAGGCUGCGUCACCGGUUGCUGUGCUAUUCGCCUCGUGGGCCUGGGGCGUUGCUGAUCCGAGCUUGUCCAAGUUUAUCAACGUCUUGGUCAUCGUGCUUGGUGUUGCCAUCUCCAGUUUCGGCGAAAUCCAGUUUUCAUGGAUUGGCUUCUUCUUCCAGGUUGGCGGCACCUGCUUCGAAGCUGUUCGCGUGGUCAUGAUUCAAGUCAUGCUCAGCGGCGAGGGCCUCAACAUGGACCCCCUCGUCAGUCUCUACUACUAUGCACCUGUUUGUGCUGCUAUGAAUUUCCUCAUCGCCCUCGUUAGCGAGUUGCCCAAGUUCAAAUGGGACGACGCCGUCCAUGCCGGAUUUGGAAUGCUGUUUCUCAACGCCUCCAUUGCCUUUAUUCUCAACAUUGCUAGCGUAUUCUUGAUUGGAAGGACCUCAGGCCUCGUCAUGACUCUUACUGGCAUCUUCAAGAGUAUCUUGCUUGUUAUUACCUCUGUCCUCAUCUGGUCCACUCAAAUCACCUUCCUCCAAACUGUGGGCUACAUCAUCGCUCUUGCUGGACUCACCUACUACUCCCUCGGUUAUGACCAACUCGCCAGCUUGGGUACGGCAACGCUUGCCUGGAUCAACGAGUUCAUUUCGAUGAAUGGUGGGAACGGUGCAAUGAGGUCAAAGAGAGUGGUCGUGGUUGGCCUGUCCUCCUUGGUGGCCCUAAUGGUGGUACUCGAGUUGACCAUGAGCGAAAGGGGGAGGCGGAUGCUGGCUUCUUCGUGGCACAGCGGACAUGGCAGGCAUGGCAGGCACGGAAAUGAAUGA